UGUCACUGUCUCCCUCAGAGUCAUUGAGACAGCUGUCUCUAGCAGAUCAUACCUGAACUGACUCCAGCGUACAUUAACAAUGUACAAGCCUUUAGCUUUGUGUCUGUGUCUGUGUUUAGCACUUUUAGUGGCUGAAGGAAAACGAGAAAAGGGAAGAAGACAGAGACAGAGGAACUCCAGACGAUUCUUAUCUGCUGAAGAUGCACCUGAGUAUGAUAACCGAUUCCUUCCAGGUCAUAGCAGUCAGUGCUUGGUGAAUGGGAUUUCUCUGUUUGAGGGGGUUGUCUGGUCUCCGGAGCCUUGCAGUGUGUGCCAGUGUAAACAUGGAGCAGUGAGCUGCCGAACCAUCCCCUGCCCAGCCAGAGCUUCACCCACCUUGAACUCUGUGGCCAGUAAGUCCAGUCCAAUAUCUGCGGGGAAAACAAGCUCGAAAAACAGACUGACAGGAAAUGGAAAACCAUCUGUGGGGACGAAGGUUCUGGAGGUGAAACCAAAGAAGAACAAGAUGGUGGUCACCCCAGCAAAAGAACCACCCUCAAAUGUCCCUAAGAAGCAAGUGAAGACAAACCAGGAGGUGAUUGUGAGUCUGGAUCCUAGUAAACUGCCUAAGACCCCUAUAAUAUCCACAGGACCUCAGUAUAUGAGACCAGUCCAUUUUGAUAUUGAUGACCACGAUGAUGAUGACUAUCUAGAGGACGACAGUGACAGUGAUGAUGAUGACGAUGAUAACCGCAGCAUUCUGGUGUUCAGAUCUGCUCUUCGCCCUGUAGCAAUCGAAAGACGAGUAAUGCCGCCCACACUCAAACCAGCCAUACCACGAGCAGAACCAGCCUUUGCUCUUCCUACAAGAAAAUCUGUGAUACUGCCCACUGCAAGGCCACUGCCAGCCCCCAGUGGGCGAUCGGUGGAUAGAGGUAUUGGCCGUCCAAUCGUCCGCACCUCUGUUCAUAUGGAGUCUCUCCCAGCAGGCUGCCUGCUUUCAGAGUCUCUUAUAGCUUGUGGAAACACUUACCUUACCCAAAUGCCCAUCAUCAAAGAUGCAGGGGUCAGGAGUCUCUUUCUUGCAGAUAACAAAAUCAGCAAGAUCCCAUCGCAUGCUCUAGCAGGUCUUCCCAACCUGGAGUGGCUCGACCUCAGCAAGAACAAGCUGGAUGUUUUCUCUUUGGGACCAAAUGUGUUUCGGAACUUGAUGAGGCUCAGGAGGUUGAACCUUGAUGGAAACAACUUCACUAAAGUGCCGGCUCUCCCUCCCUCACUGGUGGAGCUGAAGAUCAACGAUAAUAAACUCAGUGGUCUCACUCCCCACAGCUUUCAGGGUUUGUCCCAGCUGCUGACACUGGAGUUAGAGGAUAAUUAUUUCCACGAUGGAAACGUCUCUCCUCUGGCCUUCAAGCCUCUGAGAAGGCUGAUUUACCUAAGACUGGAUGACAACAAGUUCAGGGCUAUUCCCUCUGGUCUGCCUAUUUCAGUACAGGAGCUGCACCUUUCUGACAACAAGAUAGAGGUGGUCCAUUCAGGGCUGCUCAACAAGACCACAAACCUGAGAGUCCUGAACCUCAGCCAUAACCGAAUCCGAGAGGACCGCAUUCAUCCAAGAGCAUGGAUACACUUGCUAAAACUGGAGUAUUUAGACCUUUCCCACAAUAAGCUGGUUCACGUUCCCUCUUUCCUGCCGGUUGGCCUGCGGCAACUCAUCUUGCAUCACAACCAAAUUGAGCGCAUCCCUGGCUAUGUGUUCGGCCACCUGCAACCUGGUCUGGAGUCCCUGCAGCUGUCUUACAACCGUCUGCGUGAAGACGGGAUAAAUGAAGUGUCCUUUCUGGGCCUGUACAACUCACUGACUGAACUGCUGUUGGACCAUAACCAGCUCAGAUCAAUCCCACGAAGCAUUCUACAGUUAAAGAACCUGCAGCACCUGAGACUGAACCAUAACUACAUCAGCUACAUCACUAUGAACUCUUUGUGUGACACUACGGCCCGUGAGGACUCCCUGCUGGUGUCUGUUCACCUGGAGUACAACCUGAUCGACCGCCGCCUCAUUCCGCCAACAGCCUUCUCCUGCAUCAAAACCUACCAGAGCGUCCUUCUGCGGCCCCAGAGAUACGAAGAGCACCAGGAAUGAAAGCGUUUUUUGGGGCUGUAGUUUACAAUGCAUCUCAGUUCAAGGCAUAAUUCAGAGUUUUAAGUGAAAUGAAGAUAAAGAUGCAGCACAUCUUUCACACCAGAGGCCUUUCAUUUUGUGUAAGUUGUGUUUUAGUUGCGUUCUGACCAUCUCUUCUCUGUCUCAUUGGGGUCACAUAUGCUCAUGCCUUUUUUUCUGCUUUACUACAACUAAAAACUACUGCAGACAUUUGCUGUUUGAUGUUAGUAUUGGCUGUGUUUAUGCUUUAACAGAUUUGCAGGGCUUUUUGCACAGAUUUACAUGGUGCUAAAUGUCCAUCUAUCCUGUUGCAGUUGACAUCAUAUUUUUGUGUAUGUCUGUUGUUGUUGUUGUUUGUUAUCAUAUCUAAUAUCUGUCUUGGUUUGUUUUAUACGUGUAUGUCCGCAAUUUACAAUCUCUUAUAAAGCAAACUUGUUUGUGCAAGGAUUUCUUUCUUUU